AUGUCGAACAGAAAUGCAAGUUUGCUGGAAAGCUCCUAUGAUAUCGGUCCAUGUGACUCGACACAAACUAGUUCAAUUGCAGAUCAGCUAAAAGCAGUGAAGGACAGUGAAGUCUUUAUGGUAGACUUUAGGAAUUGCAGUGUUCUCCAGUGCAUGACAUGCAACACAGUGCUUGGAGACUCUCUCGCUAUCUGUGGGGAAGCCCAGAACCUCCAGUUUAUUAUUUGUUUGAAAGUUACUGAGGAUGUGAUUGUGAAUAAAAAGCUGAAGAUGAGCUUGGAUGGUCAGCUGGCUUCAUCCACUUACCAAGGCCUUCACUGUGCUGGUUGCCAUGGUUGUGUUGGCCUGGUUCUUCACUCCACCCCAGAGCACCUGUCUGCUUUACGAAAUCUCUUCCUUUUACGAAAAGACCUGAUAAAUUGCUACAUGCUAAGAAGUGGCACAUGUGUUAAAGCCUCAAAAAUCAGCUUCAAACACAGACUUAUGGACAAAAACAUUAAAGAGUUAAAACGGGAUUUAGAUGCUCAGCUGAAGCAGGUGACGAUUUUGGAGGCAAUGUUGGACAAAUUGUGCACACACAAUGUAAACUAAAGUACUGCCAUACAGCUCUCUUGUUGUGACUGUUGAAAUGAGGAAAUAUAUUUCUGUAUGAAAUAUAAGUUUGGUUCUUUUGAAAAAUGUAACUAUGUACAGGUAUGUAAUAUUGACUUGCUUGAUUACUCUAUGUUGACUGUUUUAUUUACAUUAUUUUUGUUUAGACAAAUGUAUUGUAAAAGUUAAAUAAAUAAAAAAA